CUGUAACAGCAGUGACACCAAGCAAGCACAAUAUUGUGAAGAUGAGCAAUUAUUCCACUAAUAACAAUGAGACUGUACCGAUAUUAUUUGGUUGGGAAGACUAUAGUGUAUUAGCGACAAUGCUGAUAGUAUCAUGUGCUAUCGGUAUCUUCUAUGGAUAUUUUAGUGAGAAACAAACGACUGGGGAUGACUUUCUACUCGGAGGCUCAUCAAUGGGCACGCUGCCGAUGGCUUUAAGCUUAGCUGCAAGUUUUGUGACAGCGAUAGAAUUGCUGGGGAACCCAGCGGAGAUGUACAUGGCAGGGGCGCAGUUCUGGAUGAUAUGCGUGGCGUUUGUACUCGUUGUACCGAUUGCCAGCCAACUUUACCUGCCAGUCUUUAUGAGACUCCGGUUGACGUCUUGUUACGAAUAUUUGGAAGUGCGGUUCUGCAAGUGGAUUCGCGUGUACGCCAGCGCCCUGUACAUGCUGCAGAUGAUACUGUAUACAUCGGUGGCGGUCUAUGCUCCGGCGCUCGCACUAUCUGAUGUUACGGGUCUAAAUACGUACCUGGCUGUCACUCUGGUUUAUGCUGUUUGCAUAUUUUAUGCUUCUCAAGGAGGCAUGAAGGCAGUGAUCAUGACAGACGCUUUCCAAUCCGCCGUACUACUGGGGUCUCUGGCUGCGGUCCUGGGACUUGGAGCAGUUCAGGUCGGCGGCCUCGACUUGGUAUGGGACCACGCCAGACGAACGGAUAGACUACAUUUUUUCGAUAUGAAUCCGGACCCGACCGUGCGACAUUCAUUCUGGUCGGUGGUUAUUGGCGGGACCAUAUACUGGCUAAGCAUGUUCUGUGCAAACCAGGCAUCGAUACAGAAGUACCUGUCAGUAGAACGCAUCGGUCAAGUGCGCGUGUCACUAUGGGUGUCCGCUAUAGGACUCACGGCGGUAUACUCCGUAAAUUUCGUAACCGGAGCCGUUCUUGCCGUACAUUAUGCUGAUUGUGAUCCCAUUCAGGCCGGGCUGACGAAGGCAUCCGACAGACUUCUCCCGCUGUACGUGGUACAUCAACUUGGUAGCGCUCGCGGAGUGCCUGGAUUCUUCGUCGCAGGAAUCUUUGCCGCCAGUCUUGGAACUGUUGCUUCAGCAUUGAAUUCUUUGGCUGCAGUCGCUUGUCAAGAUUUAUUGCGAGGACUACUUGGAAUAACAUUACCAGAAAACCGAGGAGCGUGUGUAGCGCGCUGGGUGUGCGUGGGCUGCGGUGCUCUGUCUUUCGGAUUGGUGUUCGCAGUGGAGCGACUGGGCCCGGUGUUACAACUCGCGCUGUCCUUUAACGGCAUGGCUGGCGGUGUCUCCCUCGGGCUUUUCACGCUUGGCAUGUUCUUUCCUUGGGCAAAUGCUAAGGGUGCCAUCGCAGGUGGCGUGUUGGGCCUACUGUUGGUGGUAGCGGUGGGCGGCGGCGCGCAACUGGCGCAGCUGCCUCUGCCGCACCUGCCGGCCUCUAUCGCUGGCUGCGUCGAGGGCUUCAACAGUUCGUCGCACAUGACCAUCUACCCCACAGAAAAUAGAGAUGAAGCUGUUUUCUGGCUGUUCCGUAUAUCCUACCUUUGGUAUACGGGUAUCGGUUGCGCGGCGACUCUGUUUGCAGGCUUGACCGUAUCCAUAUUCACGGGGAUAACGAACCCGGCACAUGUGCCGAUUGACCUUAUAUCGCCACCAAUCGUCAAGAUGCUAAAUUCAUUGCCCAAUAGAGUAAAGAAAUCGCUGCGAAUACCAACGCGCUUAGGGUCAGAGCGCCGUCGAAGUUCGAGUGUCCGUCCUCCCAGCAUGUCUGACGACAAGGACACGCGGCGGCGCAGGAGGUUGUCCGAGCUAGCGGGCGGCGUCUUCUACAGCGACGGCGUUGGCCUCACACAAGGACUAGACAACCCAGCUUUGGGUCUCGACACUGAGAAGGGUGCACUGGACGACCGAAAGCAGUUAUCAAGUUUCAAACUAUUGACAAUUACAGAUCACGGAAGAGGCUCAUAAUUAACUUCGUUUUUAAUAUUUUACAACAGUUUACCUUAUUUCUCCAGUAUGUUGUAGUUUAAUGUAAAUAAAUAUAUUAAGUAUUCAAGAUAGAUUUAUGUUUACUGAAAUCAACUAAAUUAUGAUUAAAAUAUAUGUGUCAGACUAUUACAGCUUCUCAAAUAUAAUAGACCAUAGAAAUAAAAACGACAAUUUUUAUGAACGAGGUCCAAAAGAGAAAACUGACUGUCUUACUGCGAGGUACGAAGGCUUAGAAUUAUUUAUCCAAAUUAAAACAAUAGUUUAAUUUUAUUUCUUUAAUAAAUUCCAAUAAAAUUUAUUCUUAAAUUAAAGACAAGGCUGUUAAAGAAAAUUAUUUUUUUAUAACCGAUGAUUUAAAGACAUCGUUAUAGCGAAAUAAAUGUGUCAACAAAUAAUAUUCGUUCCAUCAUCAAGUAACGCAAAAUGAAUAGUAAAAUUAAAUUAUAUUGCACAGCAUCAUUAUUGGAUUGGUUCUUAUGUUUGAUUGUACAUGAUUUGAAUAUAAACAAUAAUUAUCAUCUUCUUCAGAAAAAUAAAAUAGCAUUAUCUAAAAGAAGGCCUACCCCUUCGUUGUUUCACGAUAGUAAAUCUUGUUGCUGCAUCGACUGCUGUUGAUGGAUUUCCUUCAUGGUGGCGACUGGCAGCGUAGCACUAACGGUUAGCGGCGGCAUGCCCGGCAGGGACACUGGUGUCAAUACUGGAAUGCCACUCGACAUGGGCGGUGGUUGAAUGGGAGCUUGAGGGAAG